UCUUGUUUUGGGUCGUCUUCCAGUACCAACGCGUGGGCGUCGGUUUUUCAGAUUCCGAACAACUGAAGUGCUUCACCCAGCGGCAGAGGUUUCUUUAAUCUUCGUGAUCCCAACUCUGAUCCUUCAAAGAUCUUCACGGUUCUCACCAAUAUGUUUAAAAAAUUUUCAUAUGAAGAUGUGUCUUCACAAAACCAAGUGAAAGCAUCUGUGCAGCGAAAAAUUCGGCAAAGCAUUGCUGAGGAGUACCCAGGACUUGAUCCUGUGCUGGAUGAUUUGCUUCCAAAGAAGGCCCCAUUAAUUGUUGUGAAAUGUCAAAACCAUUUAAAUCUGGUUUUAGUUAACAGUGUUCCACUAUUCUUCAAUAUUCGUGAUGGACCGUACAUGCCUACUCUCAGACUCCAUCACCAAUAUCCAAACAUAAUGAAAAAGUUUCAAGUGGAUCGUGGUUUUGCAGAUCCAAACAUAAUGAAAAAGUUUCAAGUGGAUCGUGGUGCGAUAAAAUUCGUCCUUGCUGGUGCAAACAUAAUGUGUCCUGGUCUUACAUCCCCUGGUGGUGAUUUGGAUGAUGAAGUGGAAGCAGAAACUCCUGUUGCAAUAAUGGCUGAAGGAAAACAACAUGCUCUUGCUAUUGGCUUUACUAAAAUGUCAGCUAAAGACAUAAAGGCAAUCAACAAGGGAAUUGGGGUAGACAACAUGCAUUACCUCAACGAUGGUCUAUGGAAGAUGGAACGGCUAGAAUGAGCAACUGCAAUGCCAGCCAUGAAAUAGUUAAAGAGAAACUUGAAGAAGGGUUGUUUACUGUUAUGCUGUUUGUAAGCAGCUGAAAGAAUUGCAUGAUGAAUCUGUCGGUAUUUUCCUUAUGUUUGAUAUAUACUCAUACUGUAGAGAAACCUUUGUUUUCCGUAUCAUUUUAUGUAACUUGGCAAGUUUCCCAGCAAAUAUUGUGGCUGAAUUUUGGAUUGAA